UGGAUUAACAGACGAGGUUGGCUCCGAAUAGCAUAUAGUUAAAGAGGCAAAACCCUCCUGCGCCGCCCGCGUCUCACUUCUUCUUCUCUCUUGAUUUCUUCUUAUCGCUUUUCACUCUCGGAAGAAAUUAGAACCCUAAUUAUCAAAUCUCAAGAUGAAUCGGGAGAAGUUGAUGAAGAUGGCUAACACUGUCCGCACUGGCGGAAAGGGUACAGUCAGAAGAAAGAAGAAGGCUGUGCACAAGACCAAUACAACCGAUGACAAGAGGCUCCAAAGCACCCUCAAAAGAAUUGGAGUUAAUUCCAUUCCAGCAAUUGAAGAAGUUAACAUCUUCAAGGAUGAUGUUGUUAUUCAGUUCAUCAGCCCCAAGGUUCAAGCUUCAAUUGCUGCAAACACAUGGGUGGUUAGCGGUUCGCCUCAGACAAAAAAAUUGCAAGAUAUUCUUCCUCAGAUUAUCAGCCAACUCGGACCAGACAGCAUGGACAACCUGAAGAAGCUUGCAGAGCAGUUCCAGAAGCAAGCUCCUGGUGAAGGUAAUGCCUCAGCAACCAUACAAGAGGAAGAUGAUGACGAUGAUGUCCCAGAUCUUGUAGUUGGAGAGACAUUCGAAGCUGCUGCGGAAGAGAAAGUAGCUGCUUCUUCUUAGAGAGAAAAGAGCGAGAGACCACAACAACAACAACAAAACCGCACUUGAAUUUUUACAUAUCUUUAUAAAAAAGCUGUUCGCUCGAUCUUUUUGUAGUGUUUCCGACCAGAUUCUUGUUUUCCCAGAUAAUUAUUUAAGGUUUUAUCCAAUCGAUCUUUGAAUCA